UGGGUGUUCUUGCGCCAGCACGAAGACUAUCAGUACCAACCGAACUCGCCGCUUCUGGAGGCUGCUUACGCCUACUUCACAUCGGAAGAUACCACUUUCCUAGAAACACCGGAGGGUGCUGUGUAUGCUCCAGCAUUUCGCUCUGUUCGAUGGGAGUACAUCGUGAACGUAUACAAGACUACAGAACGUAUGCUACGUGAUCGUAUUGUCCCAGAAUCCUGGCUAUCCCAGGUGUUCUCUCGCCAGUGGCUUAGGCUACUCCGUAUGCAUGAUCAACAAACAAGCCAGUCCAGAUUAGGAUCCUACACACGCAGCCACAGUAGUACCAGCAGUACUAGCACUGUUGGUGGCACACAUUCCAGCCCAGUCCGGAUUCGAACCACCCUGACCGCUCGGGAAUCCUCCCCGGUCACCGACAUGAUGGGUGGAGAGGAUAGCCCAAAUCCCCCGUCCUCCCCGGACGACUUAUCGGAUGACGUGUUCUGGCUUACUUCCGAACGGUGUGGACGGCGGAUUGACAACGGUGAAAUGACCUACAGUUGGCGCUGGACCGGUUUUCACUUCGGUCUCGAUGUGGUGGUGAAGUAUAAACGCAGCCUGGCUAUCCCAGGUGUUCUCUCGCCAGUGGCUUAG